CUCCUCGCGCACACGGUAUUGGCGCGCGUAAGAAACGAAGAAAGUUCAGCUCAGGCGCGCUCGCGGUGGUGGCGUAAGUUCUACGAAGAUAGCGCGCUCGUGUCAAAUUCGGUGCGUGCGUGCGUGCGAUCUCUCUCUCUGUCUCUCUCGCUACAUAACAGUACAUAGACGAAGGACACUGAAUCAAAAUUGUGAAAGCAAUCUCGCGUAACACAGGCCUAUCAAUGGAGGUAGAGUAUUCUGAAACCCAAUGCGUACCCAAAGACCGAAGACCUGACGCUCUCGGUGACCUUCGUGUUCUUCCUGACGAAAUCUUAUGUGCUAUGUUGGUCUAUCUCACUCCUCGCGAUGUCGCUCGCCUUUCUUGCGUUAGCAGUGUGAUGUACAUCUUAUGCAAUGAAGAACCACUAUGGAUGAGUUUAUGCCUUGACAAUGUAAAUGGCCAACUUCAGUACAAAGGCUCCUGGAAGAAAACUGCACUGGAUCAGCUGCAUCUUCCAAGUGAAUAUCAAGAAACUUGCAUAAAUCCAAUGCACUUUGAUGGAUUCAACUCUUUAUUUCUGCUUAGAAGACAUUAUCGUUGUUAUACUACAUUGGCUGGAUUCACUUUUGACAGCGGAAAUAUGGAAAGAAAGAAUAACAUCUCAUUAGAAGACUUUCAUCAAGAGUUUGAUGCGAAGAAACCAGUUUUGCUUUCGGGUUUGGCUGAUACUUGGCCAGCAAGGAGCACAUGGACAAUUGAUCAGCUAUUGCUGAACUAUGGAGAUACAGAGUUUAAGAUCUCUCAGAGGAGUUCUCGGAAAAUCGCUGUGAAAUUUAAGGAUUAUGUCUCAUACAUGCAAAUUCAGCAUGAUGAGGAUCCCCUUUAUAUUUUUGACGACAAGUUUGGGGAAGUUGUUCCGGGCUUGUUGAAGGAUUACAGUGUGCCUCAUCUAUUUCAAGAAGACUUUUUUGAUGUACUAGAUAGAGACAAGCGACCUGCUUUUAGAUGGCUCAUUAUUGGGCCCGAGAGAUCUGGUGCCUCUUGGCAUGUUGAUCCAGCUCUGACUAGUGCCUGGAAUACUCUUUUGAGUGGCCGUAAAAGGUGGGCGUUGUAUCCUCCAGGAAGAGUACCUUUAGGUGUGACAGUGCACGUAAAUGAAGAAGAUGGUGAUGUCAAUGUUGAGACUCCAUCAUCAUUGCAGUGGUGGCUUGAUUUUUAUCCGCUUCUUGCUAAUGAAGACAAACCAAUAGAGUGUACUCAACUACCGGGUGAGACAAUAUUUGUUCCAAGUGGAUGGUGGCACUGUGUGUUAAAUCUGGAAACCACUGUUGCUGUCACACAGAAUUUUGUAAACUCCGCAAACUUUGAAUUUGUUUGUCUGGAUAUGGCUCCUGGUUAUCAACACAAAGGAGUUUGUCGUGCUGGCUUGCUUGCACUCAAUGAGGGCAGUUUUGAGGAUUCCAAAAAGACAACAUUGUCCACUGAAGAUAGUUUGAGUGACACAGACCAGACUAGAAAAGAGAAAAGGAUCAAAUUUUGUGAACCUGUAGAGGAGCCAAAUUCUGAAAAUGCUGUGAAUUCGACCUCCAUAAAUCACAAUCUGCAUGAUCAGGAAUUUUCUUAUGAUAUAAAUUUCUUAGAGAUGUUUUUGGAUAAAGGGAGGGACCAUUACAAUUCUCUUUGGAGUUCAAGCAACUGCAUAGGACAACGAGAAAUGAGAGAAUGGUUAUGGAAGCUUUGGAUUGCAAAACCAGGAUUGAGAAACCUAAUAUGGAAGGGAGCCUGCCUUGCGCUGAAUGCUGAGAAAUGGUCUGAAUGCGUCAGAGAAAUUUGCACCUUCCAUGAGUUGCCCUUCCCCACAGAUGAUGAGAGAUUUCCAGUUGGCAUGGGUAGCAAUCCUGUUUAUCUCAUUUCUGACCAUGUAAUUAAACUAUAUGUUGAAGACGGGCUGGAAUUUUCUCUUAAUGCUUUAGGCACUGAGCUGGAGUUUUACAGUCUACUGUGCAAGGUUGACUCCCCUCUGAAAAAUCACAUUCCUGGUGUUUUAGCAAGUGGAAUUCUGUUUAUUGAAAAUGGGUCAUAUAAGAUUGUACCUUGGGAUGGAAAAGGAGUUCCUGAUGUUAUUGCUAGUUGUAAUUUGAUCCCAGAAAAUAGUUUGGAAGUUGAUUUUCCAUUUGGUGUAUGGAGCAAAAAAAAAUUUGAAAUAAAAAAAGCAGGGAUGUCAAUAAAUGAAUUAAUCAGUUCUGGCGACGGCUCAAGGAUAUGGCCAUAUAUUGUAACAAAAAGAUGCAAAGGCAAAACAUUUGCUGAGUUACGAGAAACUCUCUCAUGGGAUGAUACUCUAUAUUUAGCUUCUUUUUUGGGCAAGCAACUGCGCAAUCUUCAUCUCCUGCCGUUUCCUUCUUUAAAUGCUUCAACACUUGCUGAUGCUGAAGAGAAAAUGGAGUACCCUUGUGUUAGUGGUUCAAUGGAGGCUGUCACCAAUAAACUUAGUAUUCCUGCGGAAUGGGAUUUUUUCAUCAGAACUCUAACAAGAAGGAAGAAGGAUGUCUGUAGCCGUUUGACAAAAUGGGGUGAUCCAAUUCCAAGCUUUCUGAUAGAUAAAGUUGACGAAUACAUCCCAGAUGAUUUCCCAAAAUUUCUGAAUAUAUUUGAGGAUGGAAAAGUUGCUAAACCUUGCUCCUGGAUACACUCUGAUAUAAUGGAUGACAAUAUUCACAUGGAACCAUGUUGUGUUAGUUCUUGCUUAACAGAGCACACCUCAGCUGCUGACCUCAUGCAUAAUGGUUAUGUGAAUGGCAACCAUGGCGGUGCUGAGCGGACAUCAUGGCGUCCUAGUCACAUCCUUGAUUUCAGUGAUCUAUCUAUAGGUGACCCUAUUUGUGAUUUGAUUCCAAUACAUUUGGAUGUCUUUAGAGGAGAUCCCAAUCUCUUGAAGCAGUUUCUGGAAAGUUAUAGACUUCCAUUGGCAAGAAAAAUAUCACAGCAUGAAUCUGUUGACGGUGGUGGCAGUAAGUUUGGACGACUCUCAUUCAUAGUCAUGUGCUAUUGUAUUUUGCAUGAGGAUAAUAUAUUGGGAGCUAUUUUCAGUUUAUGCAAGGAACUGAGGAUGGCAAAAUCAUGGGAAGAGGUUGAGGAAACAGUAUGGGGAGAUUUGAAUAACUACUCAGGUUUCUGUUGAUUAGUCGGUCCCUUAAUUUUAUUUUUGUUCUUGCAGUCUGAAAAUUUUGUUAUAUUAUUGCCAAAAUUUAGCAGGCAGAUACAAAGCAAGACUCUGACAGUAAUUUUGAAAAGCCAUUUCUAUAUGUUAUACAAUUUUUCUUUGUUAAAUUUUUUUUUUUUGGGGAUGUUUUACAACUGUUAAAUUGUACUUCCAUAUUAUUUAUGGAUAAUAAUGAUGGUUGAGUUUAUUGGGUUGUCCCUCAUUCAUCCCCACAAUUGUAGUUGUGUAUCACUUUUGUAAUUUUUGUGUGGAUCUAAAAAAGCUGGAUUUAUAUUCAUGGUAGUCAGGUUUAUUUCUGUGUAA